CCUCUACUGGCAAAUUGAAAAUUGUUGUACACAGUCGAGAUAUUGAUUUUUGGCAGCCCAGCCAGAGGAAAACGCGACCAGAGCCCCCGCCCCCUAGUAGUAACGACUCGCGGACCUUCAAGCAUUACGCAGCCCAAGGUUCUGUUCCGGAAAAAAUCGAAGAUUACGAGCCGAAGAGCAAAAGAGGGCAGAACGUGCAGAGCCAGCGAAGCGAGUGAAAGUGCCAGCCAGCCAGGUAGCAUUAGCACUGGGAAAAGUAGAACUCGACUUGGGUUCCGAUUAGCAGCCUCCACGGAGGGAACGAAAAAGUAAAGAGCACCCCCAGAGAGGUAUACGAAAGCACCCCCGCGGAGGAGAAGGAGAAAAGCAGUGCAGGCCGCCAACUGCGUCGAAGCCCCCAGUCCAUUUUGUCGAGAGGAAAAACCAGAAGACAGCAGCCAUGGCUUUCGCCGGACUCAAAAAGCAGAUCAACAAGGCCAACCAGUAUAUGACGGAGAAGAUGGGCGGUGCGGAGGGCACCAAACUGGACAUGGACUUCAUGGAGAUGGAGCGUAAGACGGACGUCACCGUGGAGCUCGUCGAGGAGCUGCAGCUGAAGACGAAGGAGUUCCUGCAGCCGAAUCCCACGGCCAGAGCCAAAAUGGCAGCGGUCAAGGGCAUCUCGAAACUGUCGGGACAGGCCAAGUCCAAUACGUAUCCGCAACCGGAGGGCCUGCUCGCGGAAUGCAUGCUGACUUAUGGGAAGAAGCUCGGCGAGGACAACAGCGUGUUCGCGCAGGCGCUCGUCGAAUUCGGCGAAGCGCUGAAACAGAUGGCCGACGUCAAGUAUUCGCUGGACGACAACAUCAAGCAGAACUUUUUGGAGCCACUGCAUCAUAUGCAGACCAAAGACCUCAAGGAGGUGAUGCAUCAUCGCAAGAAGCUGCAGGGCCGGCGGUUGGACUUCGACUGCAAGCGUCGCCGGCAGGCCAAGGACGAUGAGAUUCGUGGUGCCGAGGACAAGUUCGGUGAAUCCCUACAGCUGGCCCAAGUGGGCAUGUUCAACUUGCUCGAGAACGAUACGGAGCACGUCUCCCAGCUGGUCACCUUUGCCGAGGCACUAUACGACUUUCAUUCGCAGUGCGCCGACGUCCUGCGCGGCCUGCAGGAGACACUGCAGGAGAAGCGCUCCGAGGCGGAGAGCCGGCCACGCAACGAGUUCGUGCCCAAGACGCUGCUCGAUCUGAACUUGGACGGCGGUGGCGGCGGCCUCAACGAAGAUGGCACGCCGUCUCACAUUAGUUCGAGCGCCUCGCCGUUGCCCUCGCCGAUGCGCUCGCCCGCCAAGUCGAUGGCCAUAACGCCGCAGCGCCAGCAGCAGCCCUGCUGCCAGGCCCUCUACGACUUCGAACCGGAGAAUCCCGGCGAGUUGGCGUUCAAGGAAAACGACAUCAUUACCCUGUUGAAUCGCGUGGACGACAACUGGUAUGAGGGCGCGGUGAAUGGCCGCACUGGCUACUUCCCGCAGUCCUACGUCCAGGUCCAGGUGCCCCUGCCCAAUGGCAAUUAAGCUUUUCCUGUUCCUGAUCCUGAUCUUGAUCCUGAUCCGCACUCCCAUCCUACCAAUCUAUCCCAUCCUAUCAAACUGGCUGAAGACGUACGUAGAUCGCGGAUUGGAGAACAAUAACCUUAAUGUUGGUUUCGCCACCAGAGGCGCAAAAUUGGGCAGCCGAAGAUGCAUAUGCAAAUGCAGUAGCAGCAGCAGCAGCAGCAGCAGCACAUACAUGCAAAUAUAUAUAUAUAGUUGAAUUAGAAGAGCGGGUUACUACGAUUACGGAUAUUACGAUACGGCUUAGCUAGCAGCACACGGCAGGCUAAUUCAUGGUGGCCAUAAUGCAAGCUAACUAAAUUUUAUGUGCGAAAUUGUACCAGUUGGCAACACAAUAAUUAACAAAUUAAUUACGAGUUAAAUUAAUGUACGUAUUAACUAACUAAAUUUACAAGACGUUACGCGCGCAAUGCGACUUCCUUGCGUUUUCACAUUUUAUUCUCAACCGUCAGCGUUGUUGUUCGCCGCAAAUGCGAACUCUUAGUGCUAACUUCACGCAAUAGAUCACGUAUUAGAACUGUUGGCCGGCGGCAAAAGCAAGCAAAACACUUUAGCUAAUUAACUAAAUUACCCGUACUAUCAAACCCCUUGGAAGCGCGUCUUUUUUUUUGACUUCCCGAGUUUUACUUUCCUCCUGCCUACAACUUUUAUCCGGUCUCAUCGUUGUAAUUUAAACCUACCUACCUUCGCCAAUGCGCUCUCUAUGCAAGGUCCCUCCUUUAUAGGCUUACGCUACGUAUCCACAUCAUACGCCCACAUAUAUUUAUUAUAUACCCGAAAUACCUAUACCUACUCUACCUACGUAUAUUUGUGCAAAAACAAUACUCCCCACACUCUUCUAAAAGGCAUACGGAAUACCGUUCUUGAUGUUCGUUGUUCAAUGUAAAGAAUACUUCAAAUUUUUCAAAGGAUGAAACAAGCGAAAUUUGUAUCCUAUCUUUUGCUCCUUUUUAUGUGUGUUGUUUUUUUGUUAAUUAUAUACAUAAUAACUAUAUAUAUAUUAAAUGAAAUCAAAUAUAUGUAUAAAUAUAUUUAUUAAGCGUAUUAUCUACAUGUAUAUUUAUUAUUAUGUAUUUAUUAUAAAUUAUACUGAGCAGCAACGUAAACAAUAUAAAGAAUAUUUAAAACGAUGAUAACAGAUAAACAAUACUAGCGGCAAAGUAAAUGUAACAGAAUCCUCCUAAAGAAUACCAACCAGCAUAAACUAGUUAAACGAUUUCCAGCAAAAUGUUGAUAAUAAUAACUCUAAACGUAAGCAAAAUCCAGUCAAGUCAAUCGAAGCAUAGCAACACUUACGAACCUACUAACGCGAUUACUAACCGCGACUCUAGAUCAAAUAUUUAUAUAUUUAAAGAGGAACCCAAAACAAAGUAAUAAAAUUCAGACAACCGAUAAAAUUAUUAAAAUAGUCUCAUGUUGGCAUAUAACGGAACAAGCUAUGCACGAUAUACGAAUGUAUAUACGUUUAAACAAGAUAUACACAAGAUAUAUUUACGUAUAACGCGAAAUUGAAUUGAAAUCCAUGCAACUUGUGUUGAUAAUAAAUUAGUUAAAUGCCGAGAAGCAAGAAAAACAAUUUAAAGAAUUAUAUUUGAGUGCGAUGAAACAUUUGCCUCGUGGACGGACAGAGAGCCAGUGCGAACAUUUCCAGAGGGCCCCAUCUGGGGACCCUCAGUAGUAUCGCCUGGGACUAUCUUUCCGAGCACACACACACACUUGGCCCACUCCCGAGGGCGGAAAUUUAAACAAUAAUUAUUGUAAUUAUGCAUUUGUGUGGGCGGUAACUUAAAUAACAUACAUUAUAAACCCAUAUACAUAUAAUAACUACGCUAAAACUGAAGACCCUAAUUUAUGCAAACCAAAAUUAAUAAAAUUUAAUUUUUAA